CAUUUGGGGGAUAUCUGUACCGUCCUGACAUUUGGGGGAUAUCUGUACUGUCCUGACAUUUGGGGGAAUAUCUGUACUGUUCUGACAUUUGUGGGAUAUCUGUACCGUCCUGACAUUUGGGGGAUAUCUGUACCGUCCUGACAUUUGGGGGA